AUGGAAGAAGAGCCGGUUUAUAGUUUAUUGCAAGCUAUAGAUCCCACCAAGAUUAAAGUGCCCAUCAAUGAACGUUUUUCAAAAUUAACAUUAUCCUCAAAUAAAAAGAAACAAAAUCGAGAUUUGGAGGAGGAGGAGUAUAAUAAUGCAAAUUGCGACGAAGCUGCUGCUGUUCCAAGUGAAAAAUUAAAUGAUAAACGUCGCAGUGCUAGCCGCAAUUUAUUACAACAAUUAUCCCAACAACAACAAAGUCAAGACUCCGAAAUGGAAUGCCGAAAUCCAUUACUGCUCACUGAUUCUUCCAAAGAUCAAAGUGAUGAAAGGAAUAACAUGACCCAUUUAAGGGAACAAUAUGAAACAAUGGAUCCAUUAAAUGUUACGGAAGAUCAAGAAGAAGAUGACAAAGAGGAAGGAGAAGAUUUGCACUCCAAUGCCGAAUCCAUUGAAUUGCCAGCCCAUUUGGAUGUGGCCGUUGAUGAGUUGUCUCACAAAAUAUCAACCAUUGAUUUACUCUCUCGACCCAUAUCGAUAUCAUCCAGCUGCAGUUCUUCAGGUGUUGUAGAAACUCCCGAUGAUGUCACACAAUUGGUUUCCACGGAAAGUCAAAGAUCUAGCAUGGGAAUUGAACCUCGACUCAACAUAAUUGAAUUGCCCAUAACAAAGGUAUUUAAAAAGGAAGUGAUUGGUGUGGUACCCACAACCACUAUCGAACACCGGGAGACAAGUAAACAAUAUGAAAUGACGGAAGAUGAGGACGAAGAAGAUACAGAAGAUGAUGUCAUAACCAUAUCCGAUAGCUCAGUUAGUGGAGAAACAAAGGCCGAAGAGCCCAGCAAUAUGGCCAUGACCACCAUAAAUACCAUUAAAGGGAAUUUAGCUGGUUUAAGUCCCGAUAAAAUGGAGCGUAUGGCGGCAUUUUUAAAAGAUGUUUCCAUUGAACAAAGAAAUCUACAAGAGAAUGGUGGUAAUAUUACCCUAGAUAAUUUGGAUUAUAGAGAAACAAGUUCAAGUUCUGGGGAAUCGGAAAAGGAAGUGAAGGCCCGAAGAAUUGCUACUGCAGAUACAGAGUCAGUGACACCAUAUGAUGAUGAAUAUGAAGAAGAUAUUCAAACCAAGUCCCUUAAAGAAAGGCAAGAAAGAAUAAAAACCUUUGCGGGGGAUAGUUCUGAAGAAAACAACAACAACUCUUUGCAAAAUGAGGAGAAUGAAAGGGAUAUUCACAGAUUGGCAUAUGACGAAACCCAAGAUAAUUCCAUUAUGACCGAUUUACAAGUUAGUCCUUCACAGCAGUAUAAAUAUGAGGAUAAGACACCACAAAAUAAGGCCAAGAUAAUAGCAAAUGCUGAAACACAAGAAAACACAAGCCAUAUCUACUCCUCACCUGAUGAAAAUACAUCAGAUAACGAUAAUGACUGUAACACUCCCAAACCACCUCAUCACAAUGACAAAUCUAGUAGACAAGCUAGAAGAUUAGUCUCCGCUGAGACUGAAGAAAAUACCAUCAUGACAGAGGAAAUCGCAGAACCAAUUUAUAAGACACCCAUAAAGUCCACCAUACAAAGAAAUUAUGCCUUAGACGAAACCGAAAGUAAUACGCAAUUGAAUUGUUCGGAUACUUCAUGUGACAAAGAUAAAGCGGCUUUGCGUUUAGCUCACAAUGAAACUGAGGUUAAUACUGAAAUUUCAACUCAAUCGAGUCCAACACCAGACUAUAGAAAUAUGGCUGAAGACGAAACCCAGGCAAAUACCUCACAUUCCGAUGCAAACUCAACACCUAGAAAUAAGAUUACACAUAAAAAUAUAGCUCAAGCAGACACCGAGGAAGUGAAUGAUUCUAUUUAUAUAGCUUCUAGUCCCGAAAUGAAAACACCACAAAAGUCCUGCGAUAAUUCCAUCAAUUCUUGUAUUAGUGAAUCUCCUGCAGCGGAUAAAAGUGCUCCUGAUCAUUCAAUUACUAUUUUAGAAACUGAUGAAGAAGAAAUUGAAAAUAGUCGUACAAGCUCGACAAGUCCUCAAUCAAAUGACAACAAUAAACUUUCAACAAGUUUGCGUAAUACUGAACACAGUGAAAUCUAUGGGGAGAGCGAUGACGAUGACAGCAGUCAUGAUGGCCAAAUGUCUCAAAUACAAAUGUCCAUGGCGAAUAUAAAUAUAUCGGCCAAAAUAAAUAUUAAAAUCCAAGUCACCGAUUCCACGGAACCCAGUGAAGAUGGUGAUUAUUCUGAUAAUCGUCGUAGCACUAUAGAUUCUUUACCCGAACAGCAACAAAAACUCUCCCAAUAA